AUGCUUUUCUCCUCGUGGAUUAGAUUGGGUCUCAUCGUUGUUGGAUGCAUCCAACCCGAAUGUGUGACGGCUGAUGAUGACCCUCUACGGGCGCGAACAGCACUUGACACUUUGCAGACCUGGUAUAACACGACUAGCGGACUUUGGGACACAUGUGGCUGGUGGAAUGGUGCUAAUUGCAUGACUGUCAUCGCAGACCUGGCUCAAGUGGACUCCUCGGUGAGAGAGCGUGCAGCUGGUGUUUUCCAGAAUACGCUGGUCAAGGCCCCAGAUUAUAAUCCAAACCCUGGGCCUGAGAACGCAACUCAAGCUCGGAGGCAAGGUGGUGUCAAUGCUGCGGAUUGGCUCGACUCUGCAUAUGAUGAUGAUGCUUGGUGGGCACUCGCUUGGAUUGCAGCGUACGAUAUCACUCACGAUCCAACAUACCUGACUCUGGCCCAGGGAAUAUUUUCAAGUCUGGCCAAAGCCUGGGGCACACGCUGUGGGAAUGGUGGCAUAUACUGGAUGGCCACUAGCUCAUAUGUGAAUGCAGUCACAAAUGAGCUGUUUCUCUCCGUCGCAGCACACCUUGCCAAUCGUGCGUCAUCAGAUGCCGAAAAAGAAGAGUACGUGCAAUGGGCACAGAAACAGUGGAACUGGUUUGUGGCCCAAGACUUUAUCGGUCCUAAUAACACGAUCAACGAUGGCCUCCUGGACAACUGCCAAAACAAUAAUCAAUCAGUCUGGUCCUACAAUCAGGGCGUCGUGCUCGGCGGUCUUGUUGAGCUGAAUAAAGCGGCACCUGACCAGACGUAUCUGGAGUGGGCCAACAAGAUCGCCGUCGGUGCAAUUGAAGCGCUUGCUGAUGCCAAUUUGGUGAUCCACGAUGUCUGCGAGCCGGACUGCGCCCCCAAUGCGACUCAAUUCAAGGGAAUCUUUAUCCGUAAUCUAAAAAUGCUGCAUAUGGUGUCUCCACGUGAGAUAUACCGCAAAGUGAUUUCCUCCUGUGCAGCCAGUAUCUGGGCAAAUGAUCGAAACGACCUGAAUGAACUCGGAGUUGACUGGGCAGGUCCAUUUGCCUCGGCAGAUGCCUCGACACAUAGCUCGGCCAUGGAGGCGCUUGUUGCGGCUCUUUCUGUGUAA